AGCCAGCAUCCUCAUCCCUCUGCAGCAGUCUUGUCUGGACUGGGGGCCGCCUGCCUGCCUGCCUGCCUGCGUGAUGGACGGGAGAGAUAGAUACUGUAGGUAGGAGGGGAGCCGAGACGAGACGGGAGGACUUCAGCUGAAGCACAUCAAAGGCGAAGGAACGCCUGCGACUCAACGCGAAUACACAUAAUGGAUAUCACAGAUUUGGCGUCACCAGGCGAAUGCCCGCGGGGAUUUAACCAAAACAACAACGAGACCGUGUGCCAAAGCCGAUGAUGGCUUCACUGUGACCGAGCGGUGAUGUUGAAAUUGGACGCUCAAGAUAUUGAAUGCUGACUUGAUCACUGCCCAAAGGACUAGGCAGGACAUUGUGUGUUGACACAGGGGGACACACUGGUUUCCUCGGGGCUGCCGUGCCCCGGGUCUCCACCGCUACAGCCAUGGCCCUGGUAACGCUACAGCGCUCCCCCACGCCGAGCGCCGCGUCCACCGCCAGCACUGGAGCCAGCACGGUGGGGGAGGAUUUGGGGAGCGAUGAUGAGCGGAAGGCCAACCAGAGCCUCAGUGAGAGCUUCUUCAUGGUGAAAGGCGCCGCUCUCUUCCUCCAGCAGGGCGGCGCCAGCAACACACACCAACAACCCAGGACGCCCACGCACCACAAGCACGCAGGUGACCUCCCACAGCACCUGCAGGUGAUGAUCAACACGCUCCGAUCAGAAGACCGAAUCAAAUUGGCGGUGCGGUUAGAGAGUGUGUGGGGUGAUCGUGUGCGCUACAUGGUGGUGGUCUAUACGAGUGGGCGAGAGGAUACAGAGGAGAACAUACUACUGGGCAUGGACUUCACGAACAAGGACAGUAAAAGUUGUUCCAUUGGGAUGGUUUUGCCUUUAUGGAGCGAUACCAGUAUUCACCUGGAUGGGGAUGGAGGGUUCAGUGUCAACACGGCCGGCCGAUCGCACGUCUUCAAACCCGUCUCAGUGCAGGCCAUGUGGUCGGCUAUACAGGUGCUCCAUAAGGCGUGUGAGGUGUCUCGGCGGUAUAACUAUUUCCCCGGGGGGAUGGCCCUCACCUGGACCGGUUACUAUGACAGCAGCAUCGGCUCGGAACAGAGCUGCCUUAACGAGUGGAACGCCAUGACCGACCUGGAGACCACGCGACCAGACUCACCCACCAUGUUUACAGACAGGCCGACGGAGAGGGAGCGUACUGAGUGUCUUAUCAAGUCGAAGCUUCGUAACCUCAUGAUGUUUCAGGACCUGGAGAACAUCACGUCUAAAGAGAUCCGUAACGAGCUGGAACAGCAUAUGAGCUGUAAUUUGAAGGAGUAUAAAGAGUUUAUAGACAACGAGAUGCUGCUGAUCCUCGGCCAGAUGGACAAGGCGACGCUCAUAUUCGACCACCUAUACCUGGGCUCCGAGUGGAACGCCUCGAACCUGGAGGAGCUGAGGGACUUGGGGGUGGGCUACAUCCUGAAUGUGACGAGGGAGAUCGAUAACUUCUUCCCCGGCACGUUUGCGUACCACAACGUCCGCGUCUACGACGAAGAGGCCACAGACCUGCUGGCACAUUGGAAUGACACCUACAACUUCAUCGUCAGAGCCAAGAAGAACCAGUCUAAGUGCCUGGUGCACUGUAAGAUGGGUGUGAGUCGCUCGGCGUCCACGGUGAUGGCGUACGCCAUGAAGGAGUUCGGCUGGCCGCUCGAUAAAGCCUUCACCUUCGUCAAGCAGAAGAGGAGCAUCGCGUGCCCCAACGCCGCCUUCAUGAAGCAGCUCGCGGAAUAUGAGGGCAUACUAGACGCCAGUAAACAGAGGCACAAUAAGCUGUGGCAGUCUGAGGGUGGAGAGGAGGGCAUGCCGGAGUGCUGCGGAGGGGAGGGGGGGGAGGGUGAGGGCUGCGAUGACGACAGCGGGAUCCCCGCGUGGAUCCGAGAGGGGGGGGCGUCGGCCUCGCCACACUGCUGCAGCGGGGGAGGGGGGAUGGUGGAGAUGGCCCCCCUGGACCAGCUCAACUACAACUACUACUUCAGGCGUCUGUCGGACACGGCUCUGGACAGUGAGCCCUCUACGCCGGUGCGAGGGCCCCCCCUGCUGGGCAUGGAGCGCGUCUACAUCGAGAUCGAGGACGUGGAGAGGGACGCCCUAUUGGACGAUGACGGGGGCUUCUCUGGGCCGGGGGCGCUGGGCCCCGGGGGGCUAGGGGACGCCUCCGCCCAGACCGUGGAGGACAUGAGGCUACGGCUGGAGUUCAGCACCGUGGAGGAGGAGGACGAGGAGGAGGCGCAGAAGGAGGAGGCCGAGAUGGCAGCAUUCGCCAGCGGAGCAGAAGGAUCGUCUCUCUCCAACCUUAAUCGUUUCAACAAUGAGAACGCCAACAACAGCAAUCGCCUUGCCAACAAGCGCAGCUGCCCAACUGCCUUUGACGACAGUGCUAGCAUCCGAAACCCGUACAAGGUGAAGCCGUCCUACGCGCCGCCCCCCUCGUGCCGCGACUGCCUUCGCCUGCCGUCGGGCCGCAGACUGGAGCGCCUUGCAGGGGGGGGACGGCCCCACCAACACCCCCACCACCACCACCACCACCACCACCACAACCCUCACCACCACCACCACCAUCACCACCACCACCACCACCACCACCGCCUUAACCUGCCCCGACACGCACACACUCACACUCACGCAAACACACACACUCACGCCCACACACACACUCAUGGCAGCCUGCCCUCCAUCUCCAUCCAGCCCCCCCGCGGCACUGGUACAGCCGCGCCCUUCAACCCCCCCUCACAACCACCCAACACCUCCUCCUCCUCCUCUUCCUCCUCUUCUUCCUCUUCCUCCUCUCACCCCCUCCAGCUCCUGCCCGCUGGCUCCCAGCCCCCUCCGCCUCCUCAGCCCCAGUCCUGUCGUUGUGGGCGUUGCCCUCGCUGUGCCCGGCCCCUCCCGCUGGCCCCACCCCUGGCCCCGCCCGCUGCCCUUCCCCCUCCCCCGCUGCUGCCCCCGGUGGGCAGCCUGGAGGCGUACCGUCAGCAGCUGGUGUCCCCCAUGAGCUGCGAGGAGCUGCAGAGAGACCUGCACUGCCCUCUAGAGGAGGUGGAGGACCUGGAGGAGCUGCAGGAGGAGGAGGAGGAGGAGGAGGAGGCGCGAGAGGAGAGGAGGAGGAGGAGAGGAGGGAGGUCGGGGGCUGCCAGCACUACAGGAGCCGUUAGCGAGCUCACACUGCUGCAGUUGAGUCUGGAUGGGGGAGAAAGGCCUGUCGUGGAGCUGCAUCAGGAGGCCCACUCCAUGGGGCCAGUCACGGAGCUGCAUCAGGAGGCCCACUCCAUGGGGCCAGUCGCGGAGCUGCACCAGGAGGCCCACUCCAUGGGGCCAGUCGUGGAGCUGCAUCAGGAGGCCCACUCCAUGGGGCCGGUCGCGGAGCUGCAUCAGGAGGCCCACUCCAUGGGGCCAGUCGCGGAGCUGCAGCAGAAGGGAGUGUCAGUGUCCGGUCUGGUGCGUCACCGGGUGGAGCAGCUCUGCAGCCUGCCUCUAGGGGGCAGCACCACCACCAGGAGGCCCCAGCUGGAGCACAUGGAUCUGGGAAGGCCUGCUGCUGCGGAGAAGGAGACAGCGCCCCCUGGGCCUAUGGAGGACAUGGAGGUGGAUGGCGGAGGGGACGGUGGCAGCAGCAGCAGCAGUGGUGUUGGUGUUGGUACCGGUGUCGCUAUGGGGAUUCAGGCGUUGGACACCCCGGUUCUGUGUGCUAUGGGGAUCCAGGCGCUAGACACCCCGGUUCUGUCUCCUGGGUCUCUGCUCCUGCCCUCGUCUCCGCUGGGCUGUUCUCUGACCCGCAGCUCCAGUAGCGACAGCUUGGCCAGCCUGGCGAGCGUGCGCGGGCAGCCGGGUCUCGUGCGGCAGAGGGCCCUGGAGAUCGAGACCCGCGUCCGCCUGGCCGGCCUCACCGUACCCUCGCCCCUCAAGCGCUCCAACUCCCUCGCCAAGCUCGCCGACCUUGACCUCUCCACGCAUGACCUAUCGCCCGGCGCGCAGCAGCCGCCCCCCGGAUCCCCCAUCGCCGCCGCGGCCGCAGCGGACCAGGCACCCCAACAACACCCCUCCCCACCUGGGGCCCCUCCAAGCUGACCUUUGACCCUACAGUAGGUCAUACUGGUAGCCCAUAUCAUGACCCUUAACCCUGACAACACCCCUCCCCUCAAAGAUGACCUAGUCUCCAUCCGGGGCCCUUCACAGCUGACCUUUGACUUCACAUACUGGUAGUCCAUAUCAUGAUCCCUAACGACAACAACGCACCAACCAGGCACCCAGACACCCCUUCCAUGCUGGUUUAUAGUUUCUAGUUACUGUUCGAAAAUGACACAAUCGCAGACUCAAAAAACAAAAACAAAAAAAACACAAACAAACUACAACAAGGACUACAUAUGGUCCUAUAUGUGUGGUGGGGGCCUUAACCAAGCCGAGUGACCCUCAUGACCCUCAUGACCCUCAUGACCCUCAUGACCCCCAUGACCCUCAUGACCCUCGUGACCCUCAUGACCCUCAUGACCCUCGUGACCCUCGUGACCCUCAUGACCCCCUUUGGCUCCUGGACAACCUUUAACCUUUGACCCCUGGCUUAGCAUGACAUUCCAUUACGUACAUAUCAUAUCAUGACCCUUAUUGGUACAUAUCAUGACCCUUAUCCACGACAACACACACAGCUUGGCACACCCCCAUCCCACAUCCCACAUCCCACAUCCCACA